AUGUAUUCAUCAAUAUCUGUUUCACUUUAAGAUUUAAGAGGAUUCAGAACUAUUUCUACAAAUGGUAUAUCAAAUUAUAGAGAUUUUUAAAGGUUGCCAAUAACCAAAACUAAUUAUAAAAGAUAAUACUUAAAAGGAGCAUCUAAUAGAGUUAAGUCACUUAAAGAAGAAUUUAAUUUUAUUUAAUUGUGUAGUGAUAGAAAAGAUAAUGAAAAGUUAUUUAAAUAUAAUAAGCAAGGUUAACUCUUAAAUUAUAGAAAUUUUCAUCUUCAUAAAUAAUACCCAUUAACAUAAAGAGAAUAAUAGAAUGAUAUAGAUAGUUUAAAUAAAAUUAAUACUGGAAAAUAGAUGUUAAAAAACUCAUCAUUAAAAUUAGUUACUGAUUCUAAUAAUUAGUUGAUUGAAUUAGUAUAUUCAGCUUAACCAGUUAUAUAAAAAAAUAAAAAAAACAAUUCAAUUUCUAAUGUUUAAAAAGUUGAAGAAAGAAGUAAUAGUAUUAAUAAUAAUAAUAUUACUAAUAACAUUAAUAAUAAUAUUACUAAUAAGAGAAUAUAAUCUGCAAAUAAAAAUUUUCAAUUGAUUAUUUCAUCAACAAGUAACAAAGAGGAUUUAUUAAUUAAAAGUACUUAAUCCACUCAAAAUUGUAUUUAAAAAGUACUUACUAAAGAAACAAAGUUAGAUAGAAGUCUGAAAGGAAAACUGCCAAUUACUUUUGAUGGAACUAAAAAAUUUUUAAAGCAAUUUUUAUGA